AUGCGCGAGGGCCUGGUGUGUCUGCUUGCGAUGCUUGUCGGGCAGAUGGUCGUUGUGACGAUGCAGAGUGGCGAGCGGUACGUCGGCGUGCUGUCUGCCGCCCGCACCGAGGCGAGCCCCCUCGGCGUGGUGCUCACCGCGGCUCAGGCGCUGACAAGCGAAGGCAAGGGCGAUGUCGGCGAGGUGAUCAGCUCGCUCGUCAUCCCCGGCUCGGAUCUUGCCGAGAUCGAUGCGACGAACGCGCAGCUCUCCGCCUCGGAGGAGCUCGAGGCGCUGCAGCAGAACCUCGCCAAGUCCAAAACCGGAUUCCGCACGGAUACCGAGAUCAGCCAGGCCGGCCGCCUGGACGAGCGUGCGCUGCAAAAGUGGGACGAUGUCGGCGAGGCGCUCGAGGAGACAAACCUCGAGACGAGCAACUCGGCCCAGGGCUGGGACCAGUUUGCGGCGAACGAGGCGCGCUUCGGCAUCAAGUCCAACUACGAAGAGACGCUGUACACCACCAAGCUCGACCGCUCCGGCAAGGACUUUAAGCAGCGUGAGCGCGAGGCCGACCGCAUCGCGCGCGAAAUCCUUGAGCAGGGCUCGGACAAUGUGCACCUUGCCGAGGAGCGCAACCAGGUCGAUGCCUCGGAGAUCAACGAGGAGGACAAGUACGGCGCGGUGGUGCGCAACACGAAUGCAGACGCAUCCCCGUCUGCCCGCAGCAACGCGCCCGAGGCGAAGCCGGCGCCGGCGCCGGCGCCGGGCAGCAAGGCGCUCACCGCCGACUUCCGCCAGUUUGUCAGCGCGGAGCGCGAGCGCCUGGUCGUGCGCAAGGCGGAGCUUGCGCAGAAAGAAAAGCAAAACCGCCUCACGGACCUCAAGGCGUGGGCGCAAAACUUCCGCCUCACCACCCCCGUUCCGGCCGACCUCCAGCCAAAGAAGGAGGAGAAGAAGCAAGAGGCCAAGGACAAGCCUGCGUCGUCGUUCAAGAUGAACGCGGCCGCGCGCUCGUUCAACCCCACCGCCGCGUCGUUCACGCCGGGCGCGCGCGCGACGCCGUCCGCGUCCGCGUCGCCGGCGACGCCCGCGGCGCGCCCGGCGGCGGUCCCCGCUCCUGCCCCCGCUCCUGCCCCCGCUCCUGCGCCUGCGCCUGUGCCUGUUCCUGCACCUGCGCCUGCACCUGCGCCUGCGCCUGCGCCGCCCCCCCAGCACCCUUUCUUUGGCUCGCGCAUCCCAAAGAAUGUCGGGCCGUCUGCCCGGCCGAUGGACGACUUCCGCGCGCCAAAAUCCAAAAAGCUGCCCGAGGCCAACUCGGUCACGGCCUGGUGGCCGUACACCGGCCCCCCCUACCGGCAGCAGGUCGCAAUGAGCGCAAUGCCGGGGCCUGGCAAGCCGUUUGGCGACGCGCAGGGCCCGGUCGGCAUGCCGCCGAUGAUGCCGCCGAUGGUCGGCGUGUAUCCCCCCGCGGGCGUGUCGCCGGUGCAAGGCAACCGCACCCCCGCAUCGCCCCAUGCGCGUGUGGGCAAGUCGCCCCGCCAGCCGCCGCCGCCGCUGCCGAUGGGCAUGCCGCCGCAGGGUCCGAUGCCGGAUCAGCAGCAGCCGUAUGCGCUUGUCUAUCCGCCCUAUGGCCAGUACCGCUUCCCGGCGCAGCCGCCGUACAUGCCGCCGCCUGAUCAGAUGCCCCAAGGCGCGCCGAUGAUGUACGCGCCCAUGUCGCCGUCGCUCGUCGGCCAAAUGCCGUUUGCGCCGCCGCCUGGGCCCGGCGUGCCGUACAGCCCGAUGCCCGCCGCGCCGUACGCGAUCCCCCCGCGGCCUGCUGCGAGCCCGGGCGUGGGCAAGCACCAGGAAAAGCGGGGUCCGCGGCCGGACGGCGCGAGCCGCGGCGCACCGAACCGCUCCGAGAACGCGCCCGACCGGACGUAG